CGAAUACUCAUCUGACGAGUACAUCGACGCGAUUAAAAUCGGAUGCAAGACUUUUUGGCACAUGUCUUUUUUCUAAUAUUAAAUUGCCAAUCCAACGUCAUGAAAUUUUGCUUGAGUGACGGAAGUAAAAUCAUCCAGUGCGUUGCUUGGGAAAAAGUAAUUCCGCGAAUCCAGAAAUACAUCAAGCCCGACAUCACUAUUCAUCUCACGAAUGAUUGGGCUAAUGUGGCAGCAAAAUUUUAUAAAGGAACUGUUGGUUUCGAACUCUCGAUCAAGGAAACAACGAAAUUAACUGUCCUCAAGACCGAGCAAAUUAUUGAAAAGGAGGCAACUAUAACCGAGCGAACUCGCUGAAAUUCUCAUUUUUAAUGGGUCUAUUUGUACCACUAUGCAUCUGCAAUCGGAGUUUCAACUAGUCAUCCAGAAAAAUUCUUCAUAUGAAGUUUCUUCUAUCAUGAAGAAUCAUUUGACGUUCGAAAUUCGUGUACUUCAUCACGAUGAAAGCAACGAAGUUAACGU